AUGGCUCCCAUGAACCUCGCGUGCCGCGGCGCGGACCCCCGGGCGAUGAAGGCUUUCAUCGCCGCCGCCAUCUCCGGCGCGGAGCUCAAGUUCGUCCCCAUGGCGAAGGGCGCGGAGGGCCACGGCGGAUCCCCCGUCGCGCUCGACGUCGACGACAAGAAGAUGAAAAUCUCCGAGCCCAACGCCAUCGCCCGGUACCUCGGCGCGUCCAAAGCCCUCGCGCCCGCGGGACCCGCGCGAUGGGCGACGGAGAGAUGGUGCGAGUGGGAGGCGACCGCGCUCGCCCCCGCCGUCGCCGUCGCGUGCGCGUCCAACGACGGCGCCUCGCUCUUAACGCUCCUCGCGAACGUCCUCGAGCCGCACCUUUCCGCGACGAGCUCGACUUUCGCGUUCAUCGCGGGCGGCGACGCGCCGUCGCUCGCUGACGUCGUCGUCUACUCCGCGCUCUUCCCCGUCCUCGGCGAAGAGCGCGCCGCGGGCGUCGUCGGUCUCGACGCCCUCGACGGCACCGUCCCGCGCGUCGCCGCGUGGUUCGCUCGGUGCGGAGAGACGGCUUCGUUCAUCGCCGGCGCGUCGUCGUCGCGAGCGUCCGCGACGACCGCGGCGUCGCUCUGCGCGCAGGACGGCCAGGCGAUGGUCCUCGCCGCAGCGGCCAACGCGCCACCGACAGAUCCGAGCGGCGAGAAGUUUUGCAUCACCACCGCCAUCAACUACGCAAACGGAGCGCCGCACAUGGGUCACGCGUACGAAGCCAUCUCCGCCGAUUGCAUCGCUCGGUAUCACCGGCGCUACGGCCGCGACGUGUUGUUCCAGACGGGUUCCGACGAGCACGGGCAGAAGAUCGCCGAAGCCGCGGAGACGGCGGGGUGCGCGCCCAUCGAGCUGUGCGAUAAGUACGUCAACGCGUUCCAGACGCUCAACGCGAAGACGAAGGUGAGCAACGACGUGUACAACCGGACGACGUCGGAGAGUCACAAGGCGGCUUGCCGGAAACUGUUCGAGAUGUCCAAAGCGAACGGGGACAUCUACCUGGACACCUACGAGGGAUGGUACAACGUCCGCGAGGAGACGUUCGUGACGGAGACGGACGCCGCGGCUGCCAACUACCUCGACCCCGUCAGCGGCAAGCCCCUCAAGAAGAUGAAGGAGGAGUCCUAUUUCUUCCGCCAGUCGAGGUACCAGUCGCGGCUCAUCGAGCACAUCGAGAAGAACCCGGCGUUCAUCCAGCCCACGCGCAGGCGCAACGAGAUCCUCGCGAGGCUCCGCGAGGACGAGCUCAGGGACCUGUCCGUGUCCAGGACGACGUUCGACUGGGGCAUCCCGGUGCCCGACGCCCCGGGCCACGUCAUGUACGUUUGGUUCGACGCGCUGACCAACUACCUCACCGGCACGGGUUGGCCGCAAAAGCCCAAUGGCGACGGCAUGUGGCCCGCGUCCGUUCACAUCAUCGGUAAGGACAUCAUCUGGUUCCACUGCGUGAUCUGGCCGUGCAUGCUGUGGUCCGCGGGGCUGCCGCUGCCGAAAACCGUCUUUGGUCACGGAUUCGUCACAGCCGCGGAUGGUCAGAAGAUGUCCAAAUCGAUCGGCAACGUCGUCGAUCCCAUGGAUCAGCUCACCAGGUACUCGUCCGAUACGUUCAGGUACUACCUCAUGCGCAACGCCGUGUACGGCAGCGACGUGCCGUUCAGCGAGAGUAACCUCGUGUACGUGCACAACUCUGACCUGGCGGACGUGAUGGGUAACCUGGUGCACCGCGCGACGAACCUGUGCAACAAAAACUGCGGCGGCGUCGUUCCCGACUGCGUCCCGGAGAAGGUCUUCGACGUCAACCUCCUGCGCGUGCAGAGCGAGCAGGCGAUGAGCAACCUGGAGGUUCAGCGGUGCUGCGAGCUCGCCAUCAACGCCAUGAAAGAUACCAACAAGUACCUCACCGAUUCCGCGCCCUGGGCGGUCAAGGGCGACGGCGCCGCGGAGCGCAAGGCGGUGAUCAUCAGGUCCACGCUCGAGGCCGUGUACGCCGCCGCGCACUUCCUCGCGCCGUUCAUCCCGGACGCCUGCGACGCCAUCUUCGAGAAGCUCGGCACGCCCGCGGUUCCCGCGUGGAAACUGAAGCGCUCCGAGAACCUCGCCCCCGGCACGGCGGUGUCCGUCGGGGACAUCCUCUUCGCGAAGCACGAGGUCGAGGGUGCCGACAAGGGUGCCGACAAGGGUGCCGAGGGUGCCAAAGGCGGGGAUGCCAAGGGAAAGAAGGCUGCCGACGCGCCGAAGCCGAAGAAGAAGGAGGUUCCGGCCAACGCGCCCGUGGACGUCUCCCGCCUCAACAUCGUGGUCGGCACCGUGACCAAGGUUGCCCGCCACCCCGAGGCUGAGAAGCUCUACGUCGAGGCCAUCGACCUCGGCCCGGCACUCGGCACCAAGCAGGUGGUCUCGGGCCUCGUCGAGCACGUCCCGGAGGAUCAGAUGAUGGGCGCCAGGGUCGUGGUGGUGGCGAACAUGAAGCCCUCCAAGAUGCGCGGAGUGGAGUCCGCCGCGAUGGUCCUCUGCGGCACCGGCCCGGACGGGAAGGUGGAGCUCGUGACGCCGCCGGAGGGGGUGCCCAACGGCGAGCGCGUCCAGUGCGAGGGGUUCGCGGGCGAGGCGGACGACGUGUUGAACCCGAAGAAGAAGGUUUUCGAGAACGUGGCGCCGGACUUUUCGGUGACGCCAUCCGGGGAGGCUUCGUACAAGGGCGCCGCGUUCGGGACGAGCGGCGGGGCGUGCAGGCUCGCCACGCUCACCGCGGGGACCAUCAGGUGAAACAAGCGGGGGGAUGCGAGGGACGCGUCGUGGUCAGCCUAAUUAUUACGUUAUCAAUGUGACGCGAGUAAUCUUACGCUCGCCUGCGAUUUUCUGCG